AUGUCGAAACCUGACAACCUCCCCGAGAUGGAAUACCGCUUCCUGGGUCGCUCCGGCCUUCAGGUCUCGGCCAUCUCCCUCGGCGGUUGGUUGACUUACGGCGGGCAUGUCGACCGCGAGGGGACGUAUGCCUGCAUGAAGGCCGCCUACGACUGCGGCGUCAACUUCUUCGACUGUGCCGAGGGGUACGCCGAGGGUGAGUCUGAGAAAGUGAUGGGCGAGGCCAUCAAAAAGUACGAAUGGAAGAGGAACGAUAUCGUCAUCUCCACCAAGCUCUACUGGGGCGACGCUUUUAGCAACAGCAAAGUCAACAACCGGGGCCUGUCGCGGAAGCACGUCAUCGAGGGCAUGAACCAGUCGCUCGAGAGGCUGCAGCUGGAGUAUGUCGACCUGAUCUACGCUCAUCGCCCGGACCGGCACACGCCCAUGGAGGAGACGGUGCGCGCCUUCAACCACCUGAUCAACACGGGCAAGGCGCUGUACUGGGGCACUUCGGAGUGGAACGCCGAUGAGAUCGCACAAGCAUGGCGGUACGCCGACAAGCUGGGCCUGAUCGGCCCCGUGAUGGAACAACCGCGGUACAACAUGCUCGAGCGCAUCCAAGUCGAGAGGGAGUACGCACACCUGUACCGCGAGGUCGGUCUCGGCCUGACGGUCUUCUCGCCCAUGCGACAGGGUAUCUUGUCUGGCAAGUACAAGAACGGCAUUCCGGACGGGUCGCGGUUUGCUCAGACGCAGGUCGAGUUCAUCGCUGGGUUCUGGAAGCAGACGGGCAAGGCCGAGUUCCAGGCCAUGGCCGACACGGUCAGCAAGCUGGAGCCGAUCGCGGAGAGGCUGGGAGUCAAGCAGAGCGUGCUGGCUCUUGCGUGGGUGCUCGCAAACCCCAACGUGAGCUCCGCCAUCACGGGUGCCAGCAGCCAGGCGCAGGUCUACGAGAACAUCGAGGCAGUGCGGGCGUACAAGAAGUUGACGCCCGAGAUUAUGAAGGAGAUUGAUGAGAUCCUCAACAACAAGCCGCCGACGGUCACGAUGCGGUAUUAG